AAAAGGUUAAAAGAUAACUUUUUUAGACCGACAUAUGAACACAACUACUUAUGCAACAAAUCUUUAAUAAAAUGAAACCACAUUACCUAAACAGAAUUUUUAUUCAGAGUUUUAGUGUGGUUGCUCUAGUACAAACAUACAAAAAUACACACACAUAUUAAAUUCUGUUGAAAGUAGUACAAACCGCCAUUACUUCUUCUUACCAUAAUCAUCAUCAUCAUCAUCAACAUUAUUAUCAUCAUUUAUUGUAUUACCUAGCUAUCACAAUCGUAAAAAGACAUAGGAAAAGAUAACAACUUUAUUUAUAUUAUGGAUAACUAUUCACAUCAUUAAAUAAUUAUCUUUAACAGUGAAAUUAAUCAAAACUUGACUUGUUUUCUUUUUCUUCUUUUUUAAAGAAAAAAGAAAAAAGAAAAGAAAAACAACAAACAAGCACAUAUUAAGCAAGACAAAUAGACGAUUAACACCAUAGACUAUUUAUAUUGAGCAAAACUAUCUCAAUUAUUACUAACAGAGACUAAAAGUGUAUUACAUAGUUAAUUGAACAUUAAAUAAUUAAAACACAAACGAACAAACAAACAAACAAAGAUUCUAUCCUAAUGAUGACUGUUUCUAACGGAUUAAAUAUGGAAUUAUUUAUUUCAUAAUGAUCAAUAAACAAUUUUUUUAAAAAAAAAUAGUUUAAAGGAACAUAAAAAUAUUCUAUUUUCUAAUUAACCUAUUCAAGUCAAAUAUAAAGUGCACAAUAAAGUAAAUUCACUUGGAUUAAUUAACAUCUAUUAUCAUAUAUAGACUUAUAUAAAUACUGAUUAUUAGACGGUGAUCAUCGUAGAUCCGGAGGGCACGAUUAUCGUCGUCACACAUCUGGACAUAUACAUUCAUCUGAUUCACAUCCACGUACAUUUAGCGGAGGUGCAACACAUAGUGAAGUUGGUGAAGGCGGUGUAGGCGGUCUUGUUGGUGAUAGUCACGGUGGUCAUUCAUUCGGUGGUCACGAACAAGGCGGAGUAAUGGAUGCUACAUUCAUCUGGAAAUUAACUAAGCUUGGAAGAAUUGGAUCAUCACGGCUACGAUUUGAUGAUGAUUUUGCUGAUAGACUUAACUAUCAGUAUACUGGGGUAUUGAUGUUUCUUUUCAUUGGUCUUAUUGGGAUUCGACAAUAUGUUGGUAAACCUAUUCAAUGUUGGAUUCCACAAGAGUUUACACGUGGUUGGGAAGAAUAUGCUGAGAAUUAUUGCUGGGUAUCUAAUACUUAUUUUGCUCCAUUACAGCAUAGUUUACCUCCAGCCCCGGAUAGAGAGAUGUUACUUAUUGGUUACUAUCAAUGGGCACCAAUUGUAAUGGCUAUACAAGCUAUGUUAUUUUAUUUACCAUGUCUUAUAUGGCGUUUAUUUAUGGCUCAGUCGGGUUUCAACGUUAGACGUAUUCUACAAAUGUCAUGUGAUUCUAAUGUUCUACUACCAGAGCAUACAAUGAAAAAUGUACGCUUUAUAGCUCGUUAUAUGGAAGGUUGUAUUUAUAGACAAAGAGAUUACAGGAAAAGAAAAUUAUCAACAGUUUUAGGAUUUUCUCCUACAAGUUACACUGGUCUUGGACAAUCACCUCAUAUACAUGUUCAUCAACACUAUUCACCCUCUUAUCCUCCUCAUCUUCAUCAACAACAACAACCACAUUCACAUCUGCACCAUCCCCCUCCACCACCACCACCUCAUUCACAUACCCAAUCACCACCAUAUAUGCCUACAAGUCAGUUUCAUCAGCAAUUAACAACAGUUAAUUCAAGACAAUCACCUAUAGGCGGUGAUGAAAAUCGUUACAAUAAUGAUCAUCAAAUAGAAUCCACAUUGAUUACAUCACCACGUCGUGAUUCUAAUACAUCAUUAUUCGAUAAAAUUAGACAUAGUUUCUCUAUAGAUGAUAAUAAUAAAAAAAGUAAAAAACGAUUACCAUCUGUUACAGAAGAAGCUAAUACAUUAGUUACAACAAUGGAAACAUUAAAUUCUAGAAAUAGUGGUGAUUAUCAUCCAAUGCUUGGACGUUUAAAAAUUGAUGAUAGUCAUACUCAACAAAAUAUAACAACAAAUGUGAAUACAACAAAUUCAUAUCGUUCUAUUCAUACAUUAUCACCUACAUUAUAUAAAUCACAAGAAAAAUCAUCAUUAAAUUUACAUAAGAAACAACAUCUACAUUAUUGUUGUACAUGUUUUUGUGGUAAACGUCAGGGAAAUUUUUUAGUUCUCUUAUAUUUUUUCACUAAAUUCUUAUAUUUAACAAAUAUUAUUGGACAAUUAUUUAUGAUGGAAAAAUUUGUUGGUAAUGAUAGUACAUUUUAUGGAUUUCGUGUAUUAUAUGAUUUAUUAAAAGGACGUGAAUGGUUUCAUUCGGGUAAUUUUCCACGUGUAACAUUUUGUGAUUUUGAAGCGAAAAAACUUGGAAAAAAUCAUAAAUAUACUCUACAAUGUGUCCUUCCAUUGAAUAUGUUCCUAGAGAAAAUCUACAUAUUUCUAUGGUUUUGGCAUUGUUUAGUUGGUAUAAUUACAUUGAGUAGUUUUAUUAUUUGGUUCUAUCGUAUGGGAUCAUCUAAAUGUCGUAUCAAAUUCAUUCGAAAAUAUUUAAAAAUUAUGUCAGUUAUGCGUGAUACAGAUAAAGCGGCAACUAGUAAAUUUGUUGAAAAUUAUUUACGUCCAGAUGGUGUUUUUUUAAUACGUUUAAUAUCAAUAAAUGUUGGUGAUUUAAUGGCUGGUGAUUUAACUUGUGAAUUAUGGCAUAUUUAUCGACAUAAACGUUUACAUGAAACUAUGGAAGAACAAAAAUAUCUUGAUGCAUUUAGUAAUACACCAGGCGAUUAUUUGAUUAAUAAUAAUAAUAACAAUAACAAUAAUAAUGGUUCCAGUUAUAUUGGUGAAACAAAUGAUUUAAUAUUAGGCACAACUAUACCAUCUUCAAGAUAUUCAAAUAAAAAUCAUUCACCAACUGCACCACCUAGUCAAAAUGCAAUCAUUAGUACAACUUCAAAUGUUACAGUAUCUGGAACAAAUAUCAAUAAUACAAUGAAUCAUAGUUCUAGUAAUAAUGAUGAUAGUAUUGUUUAAUUGUAUCCAUUGAAUCAUAUAUAUAUUUUUUUUCUUUAAUAAACGAUCAAUAAUUUGUAAAAUGAUGAAUACUUAUUACAUAUAUAUAUAUAAUUCUGUAUAUGCACGCUAACAUUUAUCGCUUGUUUAUAUAUAUAUAUAUAUAUAUAUAUAUAUAUAUAUAUAUAUAGUUAGCAUUUUCUUACGUCAUUUAUCGAUUUAAGUUAUAUCUGUCAAUUUUUAAAUCAAUAAUUUGAACAGGUGCAUUUCUAAAAUGAAUAUCGAUUAUCAUUAUUAUUAUCAUUAUUAUUAUUACUAUUAUUAUUAUUCAUAGACUACACGUGUUAUUUUCAUUUCACUAAUAAGAGAAUUUAAACUAUUGAUUUAUUUUAAAAAUUUAAAUUUAUUCAGUUAGUGAUUAGUUGUUCACCAUUUUUUGUUGUUGUUGUUGUUUUGAAAAAAUCAAUAAUUAAGUAACUAAAUAAGUAAAUAGUAUUCUAAGCAUUGAUGAUAAACAUGGCUGUGUUGUUUGUAUUACAAUACUAAAAAGGGAUCAGGUUAAAUUAUAUUUAUCAUACUAUUUAAUAUCUUAUUGUGUAGUAUAAAUAUUAUUUUAUCAUGUAAAAUAUAUAUUCAAUCAUAUUUACUAGUUUAAUCAAUUAGAAACAAAACUAAUUAAUAUUAUUAGUAAAUAUAUGUAAAGGAAUUUAGUUUUCUAAAGAAAAAAAACAAAAAUAUUUGCAUUUUUGUUUGUUGUUUCUGUUUUUUCUCUUCAUUGAAUAACAAGUGUAAUAUUAUUUAUUCAUUUGAAGUUUGAUUUUAUUCUCUUGAAAUUUUUUGAUCAUUUUGCUUGUGAAGUUGUAUAUUGAGAAAAAUUAUGUGUAAAAAAUUACAUUGAAUUUUAUAAAUGAAGAAUGUCGGUAACAAGUGUGAAUUGAUGAUGGUGAUGGUAAGAAUUUACAUCUUUUUAAGUAAAACAUAUAAUCAAUAUUAACAUGGAAUUCAUUUUUGAUGUAGGCAUCUUAUCUAUUUUAAUUUUAAUCCAGCUCUUUUACAUUAGAGAAAGAGUUUGGUGUCAAAUAAUAUAGGUGAACAUGCACAUUCUAUAUAUAUAUAUAUAUAUAUAUAUAUAUAUAUAUAUAUAUAUAUAUAUAUAUACAAAGCGUUUCGUACAUGGUAUAUGUACAUUUCUUUUUCAUAAUGGAAACUCAUAAAGUUCACAAUGUUAAUUUGUAUAAUGAAACCGAUCAGGUGAAUAAACACAUGUAACUCAUUCCUGUUUUACUCUUUGCACAUCAUUUUUAUGGUUUCUCACCACUUUUUUGUUAAAAUGUUUAAUUCAGCGUAAUUACAUUAUAUGUAAAACAAAACUCAUUCUCAUUCAAAAAUCUAGUCCUGAUUUAACAAAAAUUUUAUUGUUAGUACAAAUGAAUUAUACAUAUAACGUAAACAAAGUUUUUUGCUUUUCCACAAAAAAAAUCACACACACGUAUACAUUUACAUGUACACAUAUAACCAUUAAAUCCCGGAUAAAUAUAGAGUUUAAAACCAAAGAAAUCUAUUUCAUUCUAUAUGCAUUUAUGUAUUACAAAUUAUAAGGGUACCAAAAAUACAAUGAUCAAUUAACGAAAUAAGUAGAAUAUCAUAAAACUCUACCAGAGGAAAAUAGCAUGUUUACUGAGAAAGGCAGAAAGACUAUCUACUAUUUUAUGUAAACAAUUCGUUCUCAUUAAUCAUUCAUUUCUGUUUACAAUGAAUUUUUACAUAUAUAAAUUAAUUGAAGAAAACAAUUCAUUCAAUUUGUAUACAUUGUUUGAAGCAAGCAACCAAUUAAUCAGUCAUUCAUCAGUUCAGUUGUCCUUGAUUAUGUCUUCUCUUCAGAUAUCUUUUCUUGUUACUCUGUUUGUUAUUUUCUUACUUUUGAUUGUUUCUUCCCACCCCUACAACAGUCAAUAUCAUUAACACAUCAUUAUUACUGAAAUCGAAAAAAAUACAAGUAGUGGUGGAAAAGAGAAAUGUCUUGCGUUUGUGACUUCUCUCUCUCUCUCUUUCUCUUUAUAUUUUUGUUUAUUUUCUAUAUCUAUAUACAUACAGAGUUAUAUGAAAUGAAUACAAACAUUUAUCCGUAAAACUACAAAAUACCUAUACAAUGAAGGCAAAAUGAAAACACUGUUUAGUUGAGCGUAAAAGUAAAACCAUUUUCGUGAUUCUUUGAAUGAAAACAACAAAGACAACAACAACAAAAACUGGAAGUUAAUUUAUCUGGAAUGGGAUACUGAAUGAAAAAAAUAUAUAUUUAUAUUAUAAAUAAAUAUACAAACGCUUUUUUUUAAAAUGUAAAGUCUUGAUACAAUUUAUUGAUCAAUCAACUGAUCCAUUGAUCAAUCAGACAUAGAAAACAUACUCACCCACUCACUCACUCAAUCACUCAUUCACUCACCCACCCAAUCACUGACAUAUGGUGCACAUUAUUUAAGACUAAGUAUAAGAUUUUUUUUUUAGAAACAAAUAUUCCAUAUAUAUAUAUAUAUCCAUAUGUUUACUAUGAUUAAUAUUUGACUAAAGUCAAAUACAAUUUACAGAAAAAUAUAAAAAAAUUUAGUACUAUCA